GUACCUCUCUCGACCUCCUCCACCAUGAGUACUUAUCCAACUUCACCUCCCUCCUACCAGACAGCCGGGCCUAACACCAGGCUUGGUGCUGUACCCCCAGACGAAGAGGCUGGAAGACCUUUGCUUCAUCCGGCUGCAGGACCAAGCGCUGGAGGGUAUUUCGAUGAACCCCGUCCAGGGGACCUUCCUGACGAUUUCAAGUACGGGACAUGCGUUGCUGACAGCGCUCCAGAAAUCAGGAAUGCGUUCGUUCGCAAAGUGUACACUAUCCUCUUUAUCCAAAUACUCGCGACUUGCAUCGUGGGAGGGGCGCUCUCACAAUCAGAUGCUACCAUCGCUUGGGUUCAGACACAUCUCUGGUCCUUCUAUGUCCCUCUCUUUGGCACCCUCAUCAAUAUCUUCCUUCUCUAUUGGAAGCGACACAGUCAUCCGCUCAACUUCAUAUUGCUGGGGACAUUCACCCUCAUGGAGGCCUUCACUCUUGGUGUCAUGACUGCGUUCUUUAAUGAAGUCGUGGUCCUGCAAGCGUUGUUGAUCACUCUUGGAGUAUUCCUUGGUCUGACUCUAUUCACCUUCCAAUCUAAAUACGACUUCUCUGGAAUGGGACCUUGGUUGUUUGGAGGCCUCGUUGCGCUAUGUAAGUUAGGGUUUGAUUCGCCCCUAUUCGUACUUAACGGCUCGUGUGAUCUUUGUCACUUAGUGAUGACCGGUCUUGUUGGAAUAUUCAUUCCCUUCAGCCGUACCAUGGAUAUCGUCUUCGCAGCCGGCGGAUGCUUGUUGUUCAGCGGAUACAUUGUCUACGAUACCUACAUCAUCAACGCCCGACUUUCCCCCGAUGAGUAUAUUAUGGGAUCUAUCAGCCUUUAUCUUGAGUCUUCAUCAACCUCUUCAUCAACAUCCUUCGUCUUAUCAACGAUGCCCAGGAGCAUUAGACGCGAUCAUGUUGGACUUUGAAUCUGUUUGUAUAUCUAUCUGUCCUUUUAUUUCUAUCUCUAGUGCUACGAUGAUAUUUCUAUUCUCAAUGAAUAGCGUUCCUAACUGCGACUCAAUCUGGGGCUGAUGUUGAUUUCUGUUGCUGCGUUUCUGACUAUAUUUCAUGAUGAUUCGCAGAGGAUUGUUCAGAGUCGAAGAAUAUAAGGCAUUGUUCAAGAAUAGUAAGUAUACAC